UUAAUCGAUUUAUGAAUUCAUUGUAUAGUAAGCUAGUGCUCUUAUAUGGACGUGCUGAAUAACGAGAGAUAUCGAAUUUAAUACAAUGGCGUUUAGUUUGGCCGCUUUUUCAUAUAUUUUAGCUUUAAUUGUGGAUGCAUUUUUAAUAUUUUUUGUAAUAUUUCAUGUCAUUGCAUUUGAUGAACUACAAUCUGGACAGAAAAAUCCAAUUGAUCAAUGUAAUAGUUUAAAUCCGCUUGUACUUCCAGAAUAUGCUCUACACGUUUUGAUUAAUUUUUUUUUUCUGAUAAGUGAACAAUGGUUUACAUUAUGUUUAAAUAUCCCAUUAAUAGCAUAUCAUGUAUGGAGAUAUACAAAUAGACCUGUAAUAACAGGACCUGGUUUAUACGAUCCAACUAGUAUAUUAAAUGCACAUGAUUUAGCAAUGUUUCAACGAGAAGGAUGGGUGAAAUUAGCCUUUUAUCUUCUAUCCUUUUUCUUUUAUUUAUAUGGUAUGAUAAGUUCAUUGAUUCAAUGAAAUCAGCAUGCAUAACAUUAUGCAUAAUUUUUUACUUUAAUAUUACAAUGGCAUUAAACAGCUUUUGUGCUACUCCGAUGCUGGUUUCAACACGGAUAAUAUCCUAAGUAUAAG